CUGUCAAGUUAUAGUAGUCUGUCAGAGUUCGGAGUUGUCGAAUUUGUCAAUAAGAAUUUAAUUUGCGAGAAUCGCGAAAAUCUAUUUUAGCAGUUCUAUUUCAAAUAAAAGUGUUAUAUGCUUAUAUAACUUUCUAUUGCCUAUGUUUUCGUGUGUUUUCAUUCUGUAUUCUACGUAAAAUAUGGCCUGCAACAUUUCGUUCGCGUACAUUAGACUUCAAACAGCUGUUUUCAUGUAAAGAUUGCCACUGACCCAAUCAUGUGCUGUUAAAGGGGACAAGUGUAGCUCCUACGGGAGCUACCUUUAGGGCUCUACUUCGUACCUGUUUUAGUUCAACACAAAACGUUUUAUCACAUAUCUACUGACUUUAAUUUUUAAAACAAUCUAGUCUUAAAGAAAUAUUAUUUUAUAUUAUUGACUGUGCUGAUAGUGGUAUAAUGAGUAAGCACAAAGCGGAGGUGGACUGCACCUCGCGGUGUAGGUCCCGCAGUCAUGGUCAGGCGUUGACGAGUGCCAUUACGAAGAGAUCUAUCAGUGAUGAAGCGUUGGCCAGCUUUAUCAAAGGCACAUGUGCUAACUUUAUCAAGGCUUUUGAUUUUGAGGGUCGCACCGCCCUCCACACGGCAGCUUCCCGCGGCCGCAUCGCUCUAAUGGACUGGCUGAUCCGCCACUCUUCAGAAGCCUUCAUCAAUGCCCGCGACCGGGAGUCAGGGUACACGCCCCUCCAUCGAAGCGUGUUCUAUGGCCAAAUACAUGCUGCUGUCGCUCUUAUGAAGAUUGGUGUAAACACCGACAUAGUAGACAAAGACGACUACAGGGCUUUAGAACACGCCAUGCUAGAUCGCCAAUACAUGUACAAGCAUGAAGGUUCGCAACCCAGCGAGGUGUAUGUGUGGGGCAGCAACUGUAACUACACCCUUGGUACUGGCACACAGCAGCAGAGGAACUCACCUGAGCUGUUGACCUGCUUUAAUAGGGCUAAUACUUGUGUUAAACAGGUGUGCCUAGGCAAGUUCCACAGCGUGUGGCUGUGCGGCGCGGGCGAGGCGUGGGUGUGCGGGCAGCAGGCGCGUGCGGGCGGCCCGCAUGCCACGGCGCUGCGUCCCACGCCGCUCAAACUGUCUGAGCCUUGUUCUGCUAUAGCUAUCACUCUUAACUCCACUGUUUUUCUGCUGGAGAGUGGGACGAUCCUACAAUACGCUCUAAACAGCACCGACAACGUGAGCCAGUCCACCACAAAGGCCCCAUCGUCCAUCAAGCUAGCUUCCAUCAAACCAGUGAUGAAGCUCUCGGAGCCGCUCGGUAUAAGAGCUGGACGGGCCCACUGUGUCGUGUGGAACACCCGAGCGGUGUACACGUGGGGGGACAACCAUGGACAGCUGGGACAUUCCAAUGAGGACAAAAUCGUCACCACACCUAAGAGAGUAGCAAUAUCAAUAAACAACAAGGAAGAGGCGGGCAUACAGCUGGUCGCCGCAGCCGACGCCGCCACCGUGAUCACGACGAGCCGCGGCGACGUGUACCUGCUACACAAGUACAUCUGCAAGAAGAUUGCCAUCAAACAAAUUAACUUACGUCAAGUGUGCGUGGAAGCGAAGGUGAGUGAGCAAGGUGCUUACUCCCGCGUCACCGUGUUACUGCUCACCAAUGUAGGACAGCUAUUUAUUUGGCAGGACACUACUAAUAAACUUACUAGAUGUGUUUUCGGCCUAGUCCAUCAAACAAUAAUAACGAACGCAGCACUGACUCACGACGCUCUCUACUUCACAACUAACUACGGCGAAGCUUUCGUCGGCUAUAUAUCCCGCAAGACCACGCCCACUCCACCGCCGCAACCAAUCAAGAAAGAGAAGGAAAGAGACAACAAGUCCGCCCUUGUCAAGUUUUUAGAAAAGGACGACUGUACUUCUGUGAGGAUCUGCAAGAUACCGAAUGUGUAUCGAGCGGUUUCUAUAGCUGUGGAUAGUGAAGGACUUAAUUUUGCUUGUCUACAGAUAAAACCAACAUGCGGUCUAAGGUCACUCCCGCAGCUGUCACCAUCAAGUUUGUCCAAACAUAUGGAAUCUCUGCGUGAAUGCGCUUCCGAAGAUGAUCUGCUACACGAUGUGGUGUUCAAGGUCGGCACAAAACUGUUCCCAGCCCACAUAUUCAUAAUAGCAUCCAGCAGUGAGUUCCUAUACAAACUGUACCGGGAUCACCUAACUAGCCCGGGAGAUAAACCCGAGAUUCCACUGGACAAUGUUCACCCGGAUGCCUUUGAACGGGUCAUGAAGUUCAUGUAUACGGGCAGCUGUGAUGUGGUGGAGUUGGGCCCUUGUGGACUUAAGAUUAUGAGGGAGGAGCUCGUGAAGAAGGAUGAUGUUGAAGAGAUGGAGGUUAUUGAAAACCCAUCAGAGAUAUCAGCAUUCGAAGUAUACAACAAGCAGACAGACAAGUCCAAACGUCAGCGCAACCGGCGCAGCACCGACACCCCCCCGCGGCCCUCGCACUGCGACCCCGUCAAGCUGCUGCAGGCCACCGCCAAGAGGCUGCAGGUCUUAACACUGCAUAAGCUGCUUGAUAAGUUCUACUACAAAAACGGCUCAAUAUGUAUAAAAGAGAGCGCCAGCACCACCUUCACUCGUAACCCCGCGCCGCAGUGGGACCGCGACGCCUUCCCCGAGCUAGUGGACACCAGCGUACAGUCCAAGGACGGGGCUUCGGUCCCGGCACACAAGUGUGUGCUAGCGGCCAGGCUGGAGUACUUCCAGGGGAUGUUCAUGCAUUCUUGGACUGAGAGUAAGAUGCUAUCGAAAGUAACUUUACCCAUAAACUACGGUAUUCUACUGCCCGUCAUCAACUUCCUGUAUACAGACUCCUGUCCUGAGCUAGAGAAUUGCGACAGCAUCGACUUUAUAUGCAACCUUCUGAUAGUCGCCGACCAGCUCUUCAUUACACGCCUCAGAGAAAUGUGCGAGGUAGCACUAGCGAACUUAGUUAACCUCAAAAACUGUGCGGAACUGUGCCAAUUCGGACACACAUAUAACGCAACUCAGCUCAAACAGUGCUGCAUGGAGUUCAUAGCACUAAACCUCAACAGUAUCCUAGAAAACAGAUCCUUAGAUCUUCUAGAAGAGACCCUACUCAAUGACAUCACCCAGUAUUAUUGCAAGUUCAACCCCAUCAUGUCUUCCAGAGUAAUAACUCCAUUUUACAAUGCACCCUCCGAUGAAGUGAUCCAAGAAUUUGCCAAAACAUACCCCGUCAACUUGGACCUGACUGAUGAAGAUUACAAGAAAGAUGACAGUAUCAUUGAAAUUGUUAAUAAAAAGAAGAAAGGAAAGAAGAUCGAGUACACGGAAAGUGAGAAAGAAAGAAUGAGGUAUGAAUCUGUAAGCUCAGUGACGUCAUUAGAUCUGUCUAACGAAACUUCGGGUGAUAUUACGCUGUCAUUGAGCAAGAUAUCCAAGGAGACUGAGAAGGGUACGCGCGACAAGCAGGAGAAAUGGACCGAAGUGCCAUCCUCACAGCAGAAACAGUUGAAAGUCGUCCAAGCAAGACUGAAGGCCAUAAACAUUGCUAAGGAAAUAUUAAGCGAAGCUCCCGCCGAAUCGUUCACAAAACUGACCAAAAGCAGUUCAUCUACUGCCGUGCCAAUACAAGAAAAAUUACCGACGUCAUCCCGAAUGUCUGUAUCGCCAAAGGAGUCUCCGAUCUCCGAACCUGCAUGGAGUCCACAGGGUAAUUUAGUCAUAAGUCAUGUGGGACCAAAACUAUCUCAGAAACAACGUAAGAAGUUGGCUUUGCAAGGACAUGAUACUUCUUCCCAAAGUGUUGAUGAUUACUUUAGUAAGAUAACUGUGGGAAGUCCUCCAGAAAAGCCAAAGAAUCCAUGGAAGAUUUGUGAGCCCCCUGUAGCUAGUAGCAGCCCUAACUCGAAAGCUAUUGAGUUCAACAAAAUUCUAACUGACCAAAAAAAACAGAAGGAAGAUCACUCAAGGAUCAUGACCAAGCCACUACUUUUGACACAGCUUGAAGACAAAGCUAUAGAGCAACUGGAAAGAUUCUACAACAUCCAUGAGAUUGAUGACGAGCUGAUCACCGUGCGACGCAUUGAGCUUCAAGUGUCUUCACCACAAUGGUUACACACUGCCCCUAAGUGAUAAUCGUGCUAUUUUAUACACUUUACUACUAUUCUAAUGAAUUAAGAUUGUAAUUGAAUACUUAUUUUUACUAAUAUAAUGAAAUGUGACGACAUGA